AGGAGCUUGUCGUCUGCGGGCAGACGUCAAGCAGCAGACGAUACGAGGAUGGCAACCUGGCAGGUUCUGGUGUUUCUAGUCGGGCUCUCUACAUCCUGCCACGGCGCUCUAUACCCUGAACCCGACCUGACGACCCAGAGCAGCGGGGCGCCUCAAGGGUUGAGUCAAGGAUGGAGCCCAGGCAUAGACAAGCAGGCAGCAGACACCUACAUCCAGGCACUACAGACCCUACAGAGGCAGUUUAGGACGUUGAUGAAGUCUAGCCUAGACGCCCCUCCCCCGCCGGCGCCCACUCCCCCCAGCAUUAAAUUCCCGACGUUCAAUUGGCCGCCCAAACCAGCGUCUCCCCCCAAGCCGGCGCCCCCUCAAAGACCAGCACCCCUGACGCCCACCCAAGAUUCUCUGUUCGCUGACAUCCCAGGAUAUAACCCUGGGGCCUACCAGAGCUAUGGGCCCCCACAGAGCUAUGGGCCCCCACAGAGCUAUAACCCAGGGCCCCCACAGAACUACAACCCCGGGCCCCCACAGAGCCGGUACAACCCCCCUGGACCUGCCCCCAACCAACAGUACUGGCCUCCACCAGGAGGGUACCGGCCCCACUCUAAAGAAUGUUCUUCUGGAGGUUUUAUGCCAGGGCAGCUGUGCUGUGACGGCAUCACCAAUAUCAUCCCACCAGGACCCCAGCAGUGGGGGUGUUGUCACAAGGGGAUGUACGACAUGACAACCCAGGUGUGCUGCGGGGACAUCCCCGUGCCCCGACCCCCCAAGGGAUCCCCGCCAAUGAUGUGCUGCGGGAUGUCGCUCUACGACCCCACCACAACAUUGUGUUGUGACAAGUUCCCUGUUCCAAAUCCUGGCAGAAACAUGAAGUGCUGUCGAAAGACCCCUUACGACCCCAUCCACCAGAUGUGCUGUGGAGAGGGGGUCAGACCCAGAACCCCUGGCCAACCACACUUGGACUGCUGUGGGAAACACAUGUUCAACCCCCUGACCCACGUCUGCUGCGAUGAAGGAAACGCCAUCCCCAAGACCCCCGCCUACUCCUGCUGUGGGAAGAAGCAGUUCCAGCCCGCCUUCCAGCAGUGUUGUUUUGGCGACCCCCUUCCUCGCGACGCCUUCUGCAUGGCCAAAUAGGCCAACGCUUACGUCAUGAGUGGAGGCUGUUCACUUUUUGCGCGGGAAAAUAAGCCAACUGUGACGUCAUAACGUGGUACCUGUUCGCGUGGUCAAAUUGUUGUGACUUUUGUUGUUACCGAGUCGGUGAAAGCGUUACCAAGAAGGUCAGCGAUUGUGAUAUUAAAGUUUGAAGUAUUUUAUCUUUUAAUACUCCGUGUUUAGAUAAGAAUAGUUGAACCGCUUCUGUACUGCAUAAACUUGACUCAGUUGACAAAUGAAAUUCUUAAAGUCGGAGCUGGAUGAGAUGUUAAUUACGAAUGUAAAUAAUAACACCGUCGGCCGUAGGACUGAAUGCUUUAACUUAAUCAACUUUGUCCAAUCAAAUAGCUUUCAAACAAGAGAUGACGACAGAUAUUUAGACUAUGUUUUGUUACAUUUUGUAGUUUACUGUAGUAAUGUGUAAGUUAUAUAGGAUAUAAAUAGAAAUAAAAUUGUAUAUUUUUUACAAUA